ACUAGAAACGUUGCGAAAUAAUUUGUAUUUCAUUUAGUACUUUCAAAUCGUAAAAGUACAACGAAAUCGGUUAUAUGAAAUUCGAUGAUUUUCCAUGAGAAGCGUGAAAAGCUUUCCAAAAAUGUGUAUGAAUGUAAUCCCUGCAGCCCGAAAAAGAUGAUUGAUGAAUUUUAAGUAUAAUAAUAAUAAGUUUUAACAUGAUUUCAUUUACAUAAAAUUUGAAGUGAUUAACACUUGCAGUUUAAGUGUCGAGCCAUAUGCGGCGAAAUUUAGUGUAGAGCACAUCAGUCUAACGUGUUGUUUUUUAUCAGAAUAAAUAAACUGAAUUUGAAAAAUCCAAUGCCGAGCCAAUUUCACUAAACUUACUUUGAAGGGUUAUCAAUCAAUAUAACGAUUGUCGGUAUACACAAGAAAGAAAUCUAAUCAAACAAACCGGAUAAACCAGCAUGAAUCAACAAAAAGAAAAACUUAAAACAAAAAAGAAUCACAAAAAGCCUUUGCCGGCCGGCUAUCAUCAUAAGUAGCACGUAUGUAUCUACCGUCAUUUGGGUCUGCUUUAGUUAAUUGAAUCAGAACCCUUAUGCAGUAAUAUUUUUCUUGUAUUCAGAUUUUUUUCUUUUAUCAGUGAGAUAUAUAACUCAAUGUUUUGCUUUCUUUAAAUCUCAAUUGUACAAAGUAGUAUCACAUGACGGUACCUACAAGAAAAAGUGAAUGACGCGAUCGUUAAACGGUAAGUUGUAAUUAUUCGUGAUCAUCUCCACUACUGUUGACAUUGGAGUGACAGACAAUCGUAGAAGGCCAAGGUCACCGUCAUGAAUGGAUAAAACUGAUAGAAUUUUGUUAUAAAAGUGCAUUACGAAGUGAGCCAUGGAGUUGCACAAUGAUGCAUCAUGUCUGUUUCAAUUGAUUGAUUGAUUACAAAGAUUUGCCAUAUCUUUUUCGAAAGCUUAGUCUAAAAUGAUUACUGUAUUUUGGUCAUAGCUAAUCACAACAAAAUACUCUGUUAUUCGAGGCUCGCAAAGCCACAAUUAGCGCAUGGGUGCUCAAACUGAUGUUUGUGCUAUCGUGUAUGAUCAUCACGGUGGUGCUUAUCAUUCAGAAGUACCAGAGUCUUGCGAACUUCAAGAAUACACUGUACCUUCGCUUCGCAAGUGAUGGGUCAUUUUUCGACGGCAGUCGGCGAAACGUCGAACUUUUACGCAUUGACUGGCAUGACUAUGCAUAUGUCGAGAAAGAAGCUGAACAACAAGGCCCAGGUGAACACGGAAAACCAGUGACACUGCAAAGACAAGAAGACAUCAAAUUAAACAGAAAACUGUAUUCAGAAAAUGGAUACUCAGCUGUGAUAAGUGAUAUCAUCGCACUCAAUCGUUCCGUGCCAGACAUUCGACAUACCCAGUGUCGUAAAAAGCGUUACCUCCAGGAACUGCCAAAUGUUAGUGUUAUUAUUAUUUUCUACAAUGAACACUGGAGCACACUGCUACGAACAAUUUACAGCGUGUUGAAUCGAUCCCCUUCUAAUUUGUUAAGGGAAAUAAUAUUGAUCAAUGAUCACAGCACCAAGAAAUUUCUCUGGAAGCCACUGCAAGAUUUUGUAGAAAGUCAACUCGCUCCGGUAGUUAAAUUAAUCAACUUACCAGAGCGAUCGGGUUUGAUCAUUGCGAGAUUGGCAGGCGCCAAAGCAGCUAACGGAGAUGUCCUGAUUGUUCUUGAUUCGCAUACAGAAGUUAAUACCAACUGGCUACCUCCUUUACUCGAACCAAUUGCUGAGGACUACCGUACGGUGGUGUGUCCAUUUAUUGAUGUGAUUGUACACGAUACAUUCGAGUAUCGCUCGCAAGAUGAAGGUAAACGUGGUGGUUUUGACUGGAAGUUCUAUUACAAGCGACUUCCACUACGACCGGGAGAUUCAAGCGAUCCUACAAAACCAUUCGAAAGUCCCGUUAUGGCUGGUGGACUGUUUGCAGUUAGUGCAAAGUUCUUCUGGGAACUUGGAGGUUACGAUGAAGGUUUAGACAUUUGGGGUGGUGAACAGUACGAGCUCAGUUUCAAGAUAUGGCAAUGCGGUGGUCGGUUGGUGGAUGCACCCUGUUCGCGUGUUGGCCAUGUGUAUCGAGGAUAUUCACCGUUUCCUAACCCAAGAGGAGUGAACUUCAUCACCAAAAACUUCAAACGUGUUGCCGAGGUUUGGAUGGACGAUUAUAAGCAAUUUCUUUACGAGCGGAAUCCCCAAUUCGACAAAACUGACGCUGGUGAUUUGACCAAACAGAAAGCUUUGCGAGAAAAACUGAAAUGCAAACCUUUCAAGUGGUUUUUAGAGGAGGUAGCACCUGAUUUGCUAGUUCGAUAUCCGUUACGUGACCCUCUACCUUUCGCAUCCGGACGAGUUCAGAAUCUAGCAAAUACGAACGUUUGUUUGGAUACCCUGAACCAUAAGACUAAGCAACCAAUUGGGGUUUUCGGCUGUGCCAACAACAAAACACAUCCGCAAAAUAACCAAUUUUUUACACUGACCUAUUAUCGAGACAUUCGAGCAGCUAGUGUUGAAAAAUGCCUGGAUGCUUCCAAUGAUGAUUCGGAUGUUAUUCUGUUUAACUGCCACGAGUCGCAAGGGAAUCAGCUGUGGCAGUACGAUUUUGAAAAGAAACUAAUCAUUCACGGAAAGCCAAGCCGUAAUCAGUGUCUAGAUCUAGUUGGUAAGAAGGUUGUAGUAGCCAGAUGUGAUCAUAGAAAACAAACUCAGCGGUGGGACUGGGGUUUCAUCAAUACUACCAACCUACGAAACUGGGAAAACUAUGGAGCAAAGUUGUUAAAAUAAAAAUAAUACUAGUUACGACUAAACUGCACUACAGAUUUAUUUUCAAGAGCAACAUAGCAUAAUUACUAGAUGAAUGACUCAACUGUGUGACUCAUAAACUAAGAAAUGUUUGUCCUCAAAACAUUGCAUUUAUGGUUUUUAUUAGAUAAUUAUAGAAAAUUUGCAUACUUGCAAAUUACUGAUCUGAAAAAUUAUCAGAUGUGGGUGUCCUAAAACCAUACAGAACAGACAUCCAAGCUAGUACGAACUUUUUCAAAAAAGCUGUGUAAAGCAUACAAGUGAAAAUCCGUUUAAAAUCACCGUUGCGUACGACUUUGCACGCUUGUAUUACUAUUGUAUGAAAGCUCGAACGAAAGAGCCCAUAAGCGACAGCUAGGCUGCUCGAAGCGCCUCUAUAGGCGAAUUGCCACUUGGUGAUCACUUUACCAAACAGCCGUUAAAUUUUCUACAUACAUUGGAAUCUAUACUUGGAUGUCUGUUCUCUGUGUUAAAACAUCACAAUAACAGUUUAAACGUCAAAUAAAUAUUUCGUAUGAUUUCUUCCAUAAGUAUUAAAAUCAACCAAUAAUAAAAACGUGAGGGACCAAGUAGAACCAGAUAAAAUCUUGCAUGUAUAUGGAUAAUUGUUUACUUAAGACAACGCAAUCAAAGAAUUACAGACUUUUUAACAGAAAUCCGCAGGAACGAGUUUCAUAUAUUUUUCGAUUGAGUUCGACGAUAUAUGAAAUGGCUGUGUGCGUAACACUACAAUGAACUCUGAUUCAAGUUAAAAGUCUGGUGCUCCCAAAGGCUACAUUUGAAUUUUAUACGGAUUGAUUUCCGAUUUCGCUAUUGCUGGCUUACAGAAGUGUGAAAAUUGUCAAGAUAAAGUUUCAACGCAUUUUUGGUAGCCGACUACCCAGAGCAAUCAAUACAUGAUAUUACUAUUGGGAAAUUUACUACCAAACAACCUCUUCCGUGCAAGCGAAACAAUGGAUUGAAAAAUGUUAUCCGGACUCUUGUCCAUCAAAAGCAACGAUUUGUCGGUGGUUCGUCGAGUUUAAACGUGGUCGUACCGACACAAAUGACGCGGAACGCUCGGGUAGACCUGUGAAAGCCGUUACACCGGAAAAUGUGAGUGAAGUGACAAAAAUUAUAAUGAAAGAUCGUAAAGUGAAGCUCCGUGAGAUUGCUGAGAUGACACAGAUAUCAUAUGGAAGUGUAUUUACUAUCCUUCGUGAAAAAUUGAGCAUGAAAAAGGUUUUUUCCAAGUGGGUGCCGCGAUUGCUUUCGAUGGAACAAAAACAACCUGCCACAAGUCGAUGAAAACAAUGGCGAAAUUGAACGAAUUGGGCUUUGAUCUGCUUCCCCACCCCCCAUACUCGCCAGAUUUAGUCCUCAGUGACUACUGGCUCUUUGCUGAUCUUAAAAAAAUGCUCCAGGGAAAAAGAUUUGGCUCAAAUGAGGAGGUCAUCGCUGAAACUAAAGCUUAUUUUGAAGCGAAAGAUAAAUUUUUUUAUAAACAUGGUAUUGAAAAAUUGGAAAAACGUUGGAACCAUUGUAUCACCCUAAAAGGUGAUUAUGUUGAUGAAUAAAAAAAAAUUUUGCAAAAAAAUGUUGUUUCCAUUGUUAG